UCAAAAGCCUUUAGCUCGAUUAGAUCUCUCUCUCUCUCUCUCGGAGUUCAUCAAUGGCGUCUUCUCCGACGAGGGCAGUCGUCCUUGUUCUUCUCUCCGCCGCCGGUGCCCUCUUCCUUCUCCGCCUCCUCCCUUCCCCUCCCCCUUCCUGCUCCUGCCCUCCUUCUCUCUCCUCCUCCUCCUCCUCCUCCGUCCCCCAUGAAGACCCCAUCUCCCCCUCCUCCUCCGACCUCCAAUGGCUCAAAUCCCUAAUCAAACUCAACUCCCUCGCUGAUCCUCCCUCCUCUCCGUCCGGCUGGCACUCCCUUCGCAAGGGCAUCAAUCCCCGCUCCCGCGCCCAGCAGCUCGAGGAUCUCGUUCACUUCAAGGGCAUCUCCCACUAUGAGGACGCCAACGCAUCCUCCCACACUCCUCUCUCUUGCCCGCCUGAGCUCUUGGUCGAGGAGCACCAUUCCAACUAUGGCGAACCCUGGGCCGGUGGCCGCGAUGUCUUCGAGUUCCUCGCUUCUACCACUUCCCUUUCCCCCUCCGCCCACGUCCUCGAGAUCGGCUGCGGCACUCUCCGCGUUGGCCUCCACUUCAUCCGCCACCUCCUCCCUUCCCAUUUCCACUGCCUCGAGCGUGACGACCUCUCCCUCCAUGCCGCUCUCCGCUAUGAGCUCCCCUCCCAUGGCCUUCUCCAUAAACGUCCCUUGAUCUUGAAGGGCGAUGACAUGGAUUUCACUAGGUUUGGCUCAGGUUUUGAGUAUGAUUUGAUCUAUGCCAGCGCUGUUUUCUUGCAUAUGCCGGACACGCUGGUGUGGACGGGGUUGGAGAGGCUUGCCAGGAGGUUGAAGCCUCAGAAAGGCAGGAUUUUUGUUUCUCAUAAUAUUAAGUUCUGUUCGAGAUUGGGAGGGGAUGAGUGUACCAGGAGGCUUCGGAGCCUGGGGUUGGAGUAUGUUGGGAAGCACACUCAUGAUAGUUUGCUCUUCAAUCACUAUGAGAUCUGGUUUGAGUUCCGGAGACUGUAAGCUUGGAUUUUGGCUGUGAGAUCUUGAGAUUUUUUUUUCUCUCUUCUCUGAUCUCGCGAAAGAGGUUGCAUUCACUUGCAGGUAUUUUCUUGAAGAGCUUUUCUCUGUGAUGAUUUUGUGAAAUGCAAUUAGAAGAUAGUUGAGCGAGAAAGGUUUACUUGCUUGAUUCUGUUAAGAUUCACAUUAGCUAGUGACUCAGAAUUCAUUGUAUCUGAUUUUUGUUUUCAUGUGUACCUAUGGAUUAUUGUCACAUUCUUGAAGUUGAGCUUACGAAAUGUUGCAUUUUGUUUGUUCUUAGGCA